CAUAGACAGUGCAUACUAUUCCCUCAUUGAAAGCCAACGCAAAGUCACAUUUUGAAAACGGAACGGAGAAAAAAAGGGGGAGUAAGGAGGACCCAACACCUCAGCUUACCCCAGCAAAACAAGCCGAGUUUUGCCAGUGUGGGGUAGCCAGAAUUUCGCCUAGUCACUCGGUCCAGUUUAUUUGGCUUGACGACCCUGGAUCAGAGCUGUGUGGAAACGCACCAGAACAAUCGCUUAGACGAAAAUAACGUUAUACCUUGCAAUCUAGGCAGCUAGCUUGUUGACGCUUAGCAAGAACAGUGCACGUUUCAUUAAUGGCCACAGCCGGAACCGUUUCUUCAGGUCCAGCGAGUUCCACUGGCUCAACUGGGACUCGGAAGAUGGCUUCUUUAGAGGGUCCAGGGUCCUCAAGCUCAUCUCAAACUAUAAAGAAGACUAUUGGCCACCGUGGGCUUGACCCCACUGGGGAGACCACCUACAAGAAGACUACCUCAUCUGCCCUGAAAGGUGCCAUCCAGUUGGGCAUCACACACACAGUGGGCAGCCUGAGUCAGAAGCCUGAGAGAGAUGUACUCAUGCAGGACUUUGAAGUGGUGGAGAGCAUAUUUUUCCCCAGUGAGGGCAGUAACCUGACCCCAGCCCACCACUACAGUGACUUCAGGUUCAAGACCUACGCUCCCAUCGCCUUUCGCUACUUCAGGGAGAUGUUUGGUAUCCGACCAGACGAUUACCUGUACUCGCUGUGUAAUGAGGAACUGAUUGAGCUGUCCAACUCUGGAGCCAGUGGAUCUCUGUUCUACGUCUCCAGCGAUGAUGAGUUCAUCAUUAAGACUGUGCAGCACAAAGAGGCCGAGUUCUUACAGAAACUAUUGCCUGGCUACUUCAUGAACCUGAACCAGAACAAGCGAACCUUGCUGCCAAAGUUCUACGGUCUCUACUGUGUCCAGGCGGGGGGAAAGAACAUCCGCAUCGCUGUCAUGAACAACCUGCUCCCGCGCGCCGUGCGCAUGCACCUCAAGUACGACAUGAAGGGCUCCACCUAUAAGAGACGAGCCUCGACCAAGGAGCGAGAAAAGGCUGUGCCCACAUUCAAGGACCUGGACUUCAUUCUGGACUUUCCCGACGGUCUGCUGCUGGAGCUGGACAACUACAACGCCCUCAGCAAGACCAUCCAGAGAGACUGCCUGCUGCUACAGAGCUUUAAGAUCAUGGACUACAGCAUGCUGGUGGGGAUCCACGACCUGGAGCAGGCGGCCCGGGAGCGGGCUGGAGAGGCGGCAGCGGGGGCGGCCGACCAGAGGCCCCCACCAUCACAGGGCCAGAAGUCCCUCUACUGCACCGCCAUAGAGGCCAUCCAAGGAGAGGCACAUGGCAAGGGAGCACUGGACACUGAGGACAACAUGGGAGGUAUUCCGGCAUGCAACUCCAAGGGCAAGAGGAUGCUGGUGUACAUUGGCAUAAUCGACAUUCUGCAGUCCUACAGGUUUGUGAAGAAGAUAGAGCAUUCCUGGAAAGCUCUGGUCCAUGACGGGGAUACAGUGUCAGUGCACAGACCAGGUUUCUACGCAGACCGCUUUCAGAAAUUCAUGUGCAAUACAGUCUUCAAGAAGAUUCCAUUGAAGACAUCCCCAUUAAAGAAGAGCCGCGUGGGGACCCAGGGAGUCUUACGGAGGGCCAACACUGCAGGCUCCAGACCCUCUCCAUUCCCCCAGCCCAGCAGUAGCCGCAGCCUAGGAGUCCCACACUCCCAAAGUACCGAGACUGAGGGAGUCAGCAUAGUGCAGUCAGGACGCCCUGACAUACUCCCAAAGACCCCCACACACGAUGUUGUCACCAGUAACUCUGGUGAAACAACCCUCUUCAACUCCUUGUUGGGAAGCUUGGCACUCUCUACCACAGCUCCCUCCAUCAGGUCUGUGGGAGAGGAGGUGCAUGAGGCAGCCAGCACAGAGCAGGACGCUAGCACCCCCAAAAGUUUUGAAGCAGUGACAUCAGUGUCGUCAGUUGACGAGUGUAUCGGUGGAGAUGACGUAAUCUCACUCAGUGACAUAGUUCCUCAGACAAGCAGCUGUUAUUGAACAACUUACUGUGAAAGACCGAAAUGGACUGUAAUGUGAUGAAAAUGAGGUAAAAGUAAGUCGAUAGAUGGGAUGAGUAUAAGAUGAAAGCAGAAACUUUUUGAAGGCCUUAUGAAAAAGAAACUAUGGAAGGAUAAAGCGACGAGGUAAAGAAGGGAAACAGAAAAUAAAGACUAAGAGGGGAGUACAUUUGGGAUGACAGUUGAGGCUGUUAUGGGGACCAUACUUCCAAAUUCCAUUGAUGUGA